CUAGACCUGAAGUAAACCCGUCAACCUAAAUUUCUCUUUCUAUCUAUCUUUCAAGCUACGCUACAACUUCUGAAUUUUCUGUGUCCUUGGAAAGACCGUUGCAAAGUCUUCUCUCCACUCACGUCCUCAUUUCCAUUUUCUCUCUACUUCUUUCUCAGGAAACAAGCAGAGCAAGAGUCAACCCAACCCAACCCAUUAUACCUUAAACCCAAAAUCUUUUAUUUUGUGUGAUUCUUCGUCAUGAUGACCAUUUGCAUGGCUUUUUUCAGAAACCUGGUGUCUUUGUUUCUGGCAUCAACACUUGUGAUGAGCAGUGUGUUUGGUCGUUUUGUUGUGGAGAAGAGUAGCAUAAGUGUAUUGUCUCCAUUGAAUUUGAGUUCAAAACAGGACAGUGCAAUAGGCAACUUCGGUUUACCAGAUUAUGGUGGGUUGAUGGUGGGUUCUGCCGUGUAUUCUGAUAAAGAACCUUUGGGGUGUCAGCCCUUUGAUGGUGAUAAGCCUUUCAGGUCUAUGUCUUGUCAUCCCACCAUUCUUCUUCUUGAUCGCGGAGAAUGCCAUUUUGCUUUGAAAGUAUGGAAUGCCCAGCAAGCUGGAGCUGCAGCAGUGGUAGUUGUUGAUAAUAUAGAUGAGCCACUAAUAACUAUGGACUCUCCUGAGGCAAAUGGUAACGCAGAUGGGUAUGUAGAGAAGAUUCAAAUCCCAUCAGCUUUGAUAGAGAGAUCUUUUGGUGAGAGCUUGAAGCAAGCCUUGAAGAAUGGAGAAGAUGUUAUGAUCAAAUUGGACUGGCGAGAGUCAGUGCCAAAUCCUGACCAGAAAGUUGAGUACGAGUUUUGGACAAACAGCAAUGAUGAAUGUGGGACUCGAUGCAAUGAGCAGAUGGAAUUCGUGAAAAGUUUCAAAGGUCAUGCUCAAAUCUUUGAGAAAGGGGGUUACACAUUGUUCACACCACACUAUAUUACUUGGUAUUGCCCACAAGCUUUUAUUCUUAGCAGUCAGUGCAAGUCUCAGUGCAUAAACCAUGGGAGAUACUGUGCGCCUGAUCCAGAGCAGGAUUUUGGGGAGGGAUAUCAGGGUAAAGAUGUGGUGUAUGAGAACUUGAGACAGCUUUGUGUCUAUAGAGUUGCCAAAGAGAUUGGCCGAUCAUGGGUUUGGUGGGAUUAUGUGACAGAUUUCCAUAUUAGGUGUUCCAUGAAGGAGAAUAGAUAUAGCAAAGAAUGUGCUGAGGAAGUUCUCAAAUCAUUUGAUCUGUCUGUUGAUAAGAUCAAAAAGUGCAUGGGUGAUCCUGAAGCUGAUGUGGAGAAUGAAGUGCUGAAAGCUGAGCAAGAACUCCAGGUUGGGCGAGGAUCUCGUGGUGAUGUUACCAUCUUACCAACCUUAGUUAUUAAUAAUGUUCAGUAUCGAGGAAAAUUGGAGAGAACUACUGUGCUGAAGGCCAUAUGUUCUGGAUUUAAGGAGACCACUGAUCCCCCAAUCUGCUUAAAUUCAGAUCUUGAGACAAAUGAGUGUCUUGAAAGGAAUGGAGGCUGUUGGCAGGACAAACAUUCUAACAUAACUGCUUGCAAGGACACAUUUAGGGGAAGAAUUUGCGAGUGCCCAGUUGUGAAUGGUGUACAGUACAGAGGAGAUGGCUAUGCAUCUUGUGAAGCUUUUGGACCUGCAAGAUGUACUAUAGGUAAUGGAGGAUGCUGGUCAGAAGAAAGAAAUGGGUUAACUUUCUCAGCUUGCUCAGAGUCCCAGUUAUCAGGCUGUCAGUGCCCAGAAGGUUUUCAUGGGGAUGGUCAUGACAAGUGUGAAGACACCAAUGAAUGCAAGGAACGUACUGCUUGUCAAUGUGGUGGUUGCUCCUGUAAGAAUACUUGGGGCGGAUAUGAGUGCAAGUGUAAGGGAGACCUCCUUUAUAUAAAGGAACAAGAUGCUUGCAUUGAAAGAAACGGAUCUAAAUUUGGAUGGUUCCUCACAUUUGUGCUCGUAGCAGUUGUAGCAGGAGCUGGUCUUGCUGGUUAUAUAUUCUACAAAUACAGGCUUCGGUCUUACAUGGACUCGGAGAUCAUGGCUAUUAUGUCACAGUACAUGCCACUUGACAAGCAACAUAACAAUGAAGUUGCAACUGAAGCCCAACUGCUUCGCCAGAGCACAUCUGUGUAAGAUCCAAUGGCAACUCUUACAUGAAGCAGAGAGAGGUCCAAUUCUUGAUCUACAUUACAUUCAGGACCUUGCGAAUUAUUGAUAUAGAAAAAUAGUUGAAGGAAAUUUUCUUUUCUCUGCAUUAUAGUUGAGGUAUAAAUUUAGCGUCAAGGAUUAAUUAGGGACGCAGAUGGAUAACCAAUACAGUUAAGAAAGGUGAAAGAAUAAACAAAAGAAGGAUGUGUAAAAUGAAAUACUGCUUUAUCACA